CCAAGUUCACUGAGCUCCGAUCAGUCUUUAACAAGCGCGCUGAAUAAACCAUGGGAUAACGGAUGUAGUCCAAGUCUAACUGCUCCUGUGUGUUGUGGUAAAAAGAGGAAAUGCGUUCAGGCAGCGUUUCCCACUGCUCUGAUACAUGAGAGAGCGCAGACUUUAACCGUUUUGUUCGUUUUAAUUGGUUCAAACUUGCAGAGUGAGGAUUUAUUUGGUCAGGAUGGCGUCCGCUCGACAGGACUACGUCGCUCCUUGGUGGACUUACUGGCUUCACAACUUCCCACACGUUAAUUUCCAUUUACAAUCAGUUGAUAGUGCCUUUAAACCCGGGGAAGUAAACUACCAGCAGUCUCUGAUCUUUCUAGCCUGCAUAGCAGCAGUGUGCCUGGGCUUGAGCCUGUUGCUGCUGGGCAUCUAUUUAAGUUGCCUGUGCUUCUGGCGUAGGAAAGAGGCCGAAGAGACCAAGAGGCCCGACACUUGCUGUGUCACGUGGGCUGCGGUGAUCACAGGCCUGGUCAUAUGUUCUGCAGUGGGAGUGGGUUUCUAUGGCAACAGCGAAACCAACGACGGCAUCUACCAAAUGACCUAUUCACUCUAUAACACCAAUCACACUUUGUCUGGCAUCGAUAGUCAGGUGGCUGGCUCUUUGAGCAACAUGCGGCUGCGGCUAAAGGAGCACCUCGCACGGCUGGAUGAGAUCUUUUCGCCUCGGCAGGACUACACCCAGACAGUUCGCUUCAUGCAGCAGAUGGCUGACAAUAUCAUCCGACAGCUCACUGCCAUGCCCAACAUCAGCCAGGCCAGACAGGACCUUGCAACAGUCGCCGACCGGGCCAGCUACAUGGAGUACUACAGAUGGCUGAUGUAUCUUCUGCUGCUGAUUCUAGACCUGGUCAUCUGUCUGGGAUGCUGUUUAGGACUGGUGAAGCAUUCUCGCUGGCUGCUCGCUCUUAUUAUGGGGUUAGGUAUGCUGACACUUAUACUGAGCUGGGUAUCACUCGGAGUGGGCAUGGUUACUGCUGUGGGUGCCAGUGACUUUUGUGUGGCACCUGAUAAAUUUAUCAUGAAUCAAACAAAAGACUUUCUGAGAGAAGAUGUAGUCCAUUACUACCUUUACUGCAGCCAGACGUUACCCAAUCCUUUUCAGCAGUCACUGACCAUAUUCCAGAGGUCCCUGACCACCAUGCAGAUUCAGGUCCAAGGCUUGCUACAGAUAUCUGUCUCUACCUUCCCUACUGCAGAGAGGGAUCUGUUGGGUAUUCAAGGAGUCUUAAAUGCCACAGAAUUCAGCUUGCACCAGCUCACAGCCUGGUUAGACUGCCGGAGUUUGCAUAAGGACUAUCUGGAUGCCCUGGUGGGAUUGUGUUAUGAUGGGGUGGAAGGCCUACUCUACCUCUGCCUCUUUUCCCUGCUGGCAGCCGGUGCUUUCUGCGCCAUGCUGUGCACCAUUCCACGGGCAUAUAUUCUUGUGGCCAGCAGGAACACAAACUGUGACGACAUAGACGAAGAGGACCCAUUUAACCCACAGUCACGACACAUGGCCCCAUACAGCACAAGCCGUGCAAAUGUGCACAGCUUCUGCAGCUACAGCAGCAGCCUGGGCAGCCAGAGCAGCCUGCAUCCACCGUUGCCCAUCGCCUCCACUGCUCCCCCUCCAGAAUACAUGAAUCAGUCGAUGCUGUUUGCUGGAAAUCCUCGCUAUGAAAAUGUGCCGCUGAUUGGAAGAGGUUCACCACCGCCCUCGGGAUAUAGAUACAUAUUCACCCAGCAUGAGGACCACAUACCUGUCUAUGACUGAUGCCCAGAUGCGACACUUUGGAAAUGACUACCAGGUGUAACAUGCGAGUGUCCGAAACCUGAAAUAGCCGCAACCGCUCUGGAAAACUCAUAGAUGGAUCGAUGUUUAUCUUUCUGGAUACAUGUCCCCCGUUCUUCUUGUGGAGGAAUUCAAGAUCUACAGUUCAGUGUUAUUGACCAAUAGACUCUAUAUAAAAUCCUCUCUGAAGAGGAGGCCAUCCAGGCAACCAUCAACCACCAUGUAAAUACAACGUUUUAGGCAGUACAGAAAAAUAUACAAACUGCUGAAAAAGAUUUGCUACACAAACACCCUUAUUUCCAUAACAAGCAUUUCAGUUAUCUUUGAUUUUGUGUGAUGGGAUGAAUUCACACAGGAACUGAAAUAGAUUCCACCACAAUUUAUGUUCUGCAUUGUAAAGAAUAAUGGUGCUGCUACCUGUUAAGCUUCUGUACAUAAUUUUGUCAUCUCAGUGCAAUGAAGUUUUACUUCAUCUCUAGUCGAUUACAUUCUCAAGCAUUGAGAACUUUAUCACAUGCCAGGACCGUAGGUUUUCCAUGUGUUGAAAGAUCUGCUAUAUUUUUAGGCUGAUAUCUUUUAGGCUGAGAUUUAAGAGAAUCUCUGGGUUGAAAUAGCUUUCUGUUACCCAAUGCAAGGUCAAGGCUGAAGCAGGAAAUAUUUUAUUCUAUGUAUGCUGAUGUAAUGAAUGUAUGAAUAUACCUGAGCUCCAUGUGUUUUUAUAGGCAUCCGAUCUGAAUAAGAAGUUUUACAUCACUCUGUGAAUGACAUGAACAAGACUGAAAUUGUACUUAUACUGUUAAUGAUAUAUAGCCUGAAUUCUAACAAUUAUGAAAUCUUUAUUCUCAGAUGUUUUCUAUUGUUUAUGCUUUGGAACCAGUUUGGAAAAUGUAAAACUUGUUUGAAUAAAUAAUUUGUUCAUUUUA